GUGAAACUCCGUGAAACGUGUUGGUCGGCCACUGAUGCAAUAGGCGCCAACAUGCAUGCAGAUAAAAACAGUUACCGGACAUGAUGAGGAGUAUAUAGUUUUUGGGUGACUGUGAAUCUUUAUAUUUUAUGUCGGAGUCUUUUUUUAAACAUGUAUGUAUGAAAUCUAAACGGCAAAAUGGGAGAUGACAAUGUCAUUGCCCGACUCGGCGGCAUAAAGGCUCUGUUGGGGAUUGUAGCAGGUGCUGGAGCGUCAUAUGGUAUUUAUAAACUAGUCUUUGCUCGUGUAGAAGAUGGUGGAGUAAACAGAAAGAAGUCUGGUAAAAGUGUUGCUGUACAGCCUGGGAGUCUGAUGUCCAAAGUGUCUGGAUUUAAAGUUGUCAGUAAGAAUUUGGAUCCAUCUGCAGAUAACGAAUCAUGUGAUGUUUACUCAAGAUCUGCUGCCAGCCUGGAACCGAGACAUCUUAGUAUGCUCCUGUCCCUGCUUCAGAGCAGUCCAAACCCAGAAGAGAGGAGAAAAGUUCUUGUAACAUUAGGCAAUGCUGCUGCUUUUACAGUAAACCAGGAUCUUCUCCGAGAGUUUGGAGGUCUUCACAUUAUAGCGAACUUCCUCUCGGAUCCAUCACCUGACAUUAGGGUACAGACGCUGAAUGCUCUGAACAACUUGAGCAUGAAUAUCCGUAACCAAGAACAGCUGAAGAUAUACAUCCCUUCAGUGAUGCAAUUAAUUGAGAUGUCGCCAGUGAACUCUGACCUUCAGCUGGCAGCACUAAGGUUACUCACUAAUCUAUCAGUGACGGAUAAUCAUCAGCAUCUGAUGAAGACCUCCAUCACCCUCCUCCUCUCGCUACUUGUAGUGAGCAAUGAAGUCCUACAGAUUCAGGUCCUCAAGGUUCUAGUAAACCUUUCGUCCAAUCCAGAUUUGAUGGAUGAUAUUGUACAAGCCCAGGCACCAGCAUCCUUGAUUUUAUUGUUUGACAGCUGCACAAGCACUUCUGUUCUUCUGCGCCUUCUGGUUUUUGUGGGGAAUUUACGGGCAUGGAGACCCUCCAUGCAGGUAGCCGAAGCUCUGAGGAGGAAACAGGACUCUUUAUACUGCGUUUUGAUGGACGGCUCCUCUCAGCUCCACCACAAGCUGCCUUUGCUGGUCUCCCACCCGGAUGAGGAAGUGAAGGUGCAGGUUGCCAAACUCCUCACAUAACCUUCAGGCCUCUUUUUGCCUUUAUCUGAUAGGCACUGGAUCUAUCUCACAAAUUUUUUAAUCUUAUACUUGUUCUUCUGUAUAUAGGUGACAUAACAUGUUUACCUUCAAAAAUUUUGAGACUCUGCACUAAUAACUUAGCUUUAAAUUACAUAGAGAAUAAGUGUUGGUAGGUACCAGAAGUAGAUGCCCACUUCAGCAGUGUCCUCGGUUUGUUACAGUUGUAGCUGCCGGUGGUGAAGAAAUGUACAUGGAGGUUAUAAAAAUAUCAAGUAUUAAACUUUACUUCCUCAGGAAUUUUGAGGAAUGUUGAUUAUAUAACAAUUGUGAACUCCAAUAACUUUCUUGAGACAAUUUGUAGUCCUCUCAACUGCCAAACGUUUACUUGCCAAGUGAAUGAAUAUCACACAUUUGCAAAUAUUUUGUCACAAAGUGCUAUGGCUAUCCAUUCGGGUGGUAAAAAGAACUUGGCCUGUCUGCAUGUUUUUAGGAAUGUUUUGGAUAUGCCUUGAAAAAUAUGUAUUUCUUCUAUAUUGCAUAAAACAAGUAAAGAUUAACAGGAAAGAGAAAA